UCAUGAUUAUGCUACCCUUCGGCCGGUACCACCAUCUUGUUUGUUUCAUCAAUAAAGUGAGUGUAAAAUUUUUGGACGAUUGAAAUUGAAGGUACAUAUUUUUGUUGUGUCCUAUAUACAGUAAAUUAAAACAAGAACUGUGAAUAUGUCUCACGGUGGUAGAAACGAAUGUAGAAUUUAUGUGGGUAAUUUACCACCUGAUAUAAGAACAAAAGAUAUCCAAGAUCUUUUCUAUAAAUUUGGUAAAGUUAUCUUUGUUGAUUUAAAAAAUCGGAGAGGACCACCAUUCGCUUUUGUCGAAUUUGACGAUCCAAGAGAUGCAGAAGAUGCUGUACAUGCAAGAGACGGAUAUGAUUAUGAUGGUUAUAGACUACGAGUUGAGUUUCCAAGAGGUGGUGGUCCCAGUAAUAAUUUUCGUGGUGGGCGCGGAGCAGGUGACAGUGGAAGAGGUGGCCGUGGUGAAAUGAGUAACUCUAGAGGACGUGGACCACCUGCAAGAAGAUCUCAGUAUAGAGUUCUUGUUACUGGUUUACCUCCUUCUGGUAGUUGGCAAGAUUUAAAGGAUCAUAUGCGCGAAGCUGGUGAUGUUUGCUUUGCUGAUGUUUAUAAAGAUGGCACUGGAGUUGUUGAAUUCUUACGAUACGAAGAUAUGAAGUAUGCUGUGAAGAAAUUAGAUGAUUCAAGAUUUAGGUCUCACGAGGGAGAAGUAGCCUAUAUUCGAGUGAAAGAAGAUCACAGCAGUGGCGAUAGAGGACGCAGCGAAGAUAGAGAGAGAGGUCGAAGUCAUUCACGAAGCUAUAGUCCACGACGUCGUGGUUCGCCUACCUAUUCACCAUUGCGACGUAAUUACUCGCGAUCAAGAUCUCGUUCCAGAUCUCGUUCAUACGACUAGUGUGAUUAAGACGUAAAUGAGAAUGAAAAAUAAUGAGACAGUAAGGAUACUUUCAAGAGGAAAUUCAGGAUCAGGAAUUCAGGAAAGGAAUUGGAUGAAAGAAACGGAUCCGUUUCAUUCAAGGAUUCUCAAUUAGCUCUGGAUUUUCAUCAGAAAACGUUGGCAAAUCCAUUACAAGGAUUCAAAACAAUUCAUAUUUUUCUGUUUAAAAAAAAAACAAAAUUAAUAUCUAAUCGUGAUAAAGCAGUGCUUUUGAUGAACUAAAGAAAAAAAAAGCCACAGAAUGAACAGCUUCGACAUGUCACGUGAUUACGCUGAUUUCUUAAUCAUUUCAGUGUUUUGGAUUUGUUGCAAUUCACGCGAUUGAAACCUUAACACGCACAGUGACUUUUGUAUUUCUUUUUUUUUUCUCUUUUACGUUCUGUACACUGAACGAAAGAACUAGUAAUGGAAUGUCAACUUUGUACGUUUUACUUUAUGAAAGUAUUUGCUUCUGAUUUUUCGUAUACGUCAAAACAGUUUAUAAGUUAAAAUUAUUUUUUUUUUUUAUCGUUACUGAGAUAACAACUCAGUUCGUUUACGGAAAGUAUCAGACGUCUCAUCUAUCGGCCCCAAUCACGAGAAAGGAACGAAAACCACCUAGUGGUUCAACGAAAUGAAUGCUCGUUGAGAGAUCAUCCUCGUUUCUCGUUGAUUCGUGCAAUUAGUAUAGGCGAUGCGAUUGGAUAUAUUAGAGUUUCUCAGGAUCAAACGCAACGAACAGUGGUCAUUCAGAGAAAACUGUCGCGUUGUAAAUAGUGCGUCUCAUAACUUCGUUCUAUUUAAUUAUUCUUCUCUAAAUCAUUUCAAUCUUAUUACAUAUUAUCUGUCGUGAGCGUGUGUAUGUUUUCAUAUACGUGUGCGGUAAACAUAACUACGGGUCUUCGCGUGCAAGAGGAGGAGCGGGGUCGAAAAUAAAAAAAAACAAUGAAACGAUUCCUUCCAUCUUAACAAGGACUGGCUCCCUAGUUGUAGAGGAUCUCCCGGGAUGAAAAUAAAAUAAAAAAUAAAUGGAAAAAACAUGAUUGGGAUUAGGAUGCUGACAGGAUAAAUUAGUGUUCAUGAUGGAUGUUUGGAUACGGAUAAAAUUGGCUGGAAAAAUAUAUAUAUAUAUAUAUCUAUAUAUAUAUAUUCGACGGAUUAUGUUAAGCGGAUGACUUGGAUCUUUUGACCGGACAAUGUACUGUACGCCGUGUUCAAUACGGAAUAAUGGAUUUGGAUUAUCAAUUGAGGUGUUAAAAAAGAGCAGAGCGUUUCGUCGUUUGUGCUUCAAUAGGUUUCACGGAUUAUAUCGCCUAGGUCGGAUAACGGAGAUUUGGACUUGCACUUAGCAGGAUCAAUACAGGAUAUUGUCGGGAUAUCAUUUUGUCGGAUAUCAUGGAUUGAAAACGGAUGCAAUCACAUGCUCCCUAUAAGGUAUUUCAUAUCAAGUUUAAUAUCUGACGUCCCUUCGGUAAACACAUUUUCUGCAUGCAUUCUUCUAAACAAUAGUCUUCUAUAAAAAAGAAAAACUUCAAAGCAAACAACCACUUUUUAAAAUUUUUUAAAAGACUAACUUAAGUAUAACAGAUACAUGUGUAACUUUAUGGUUUGAAAGAUGUUUUAGUGUGCUUACAUUAUAAUCGUUCAGUUUAAUGAAAAAUCUGUCACAGUCUUUUCCACAGAAUGAAUGUCCAUCUCCUGGUAAUAGCACUAAUCCUUCCACAAUAGUCUUCUUUAAUUAAACGAUUUUACCAAUCUUGGUAUUUUACUCUUCCAUGACGAAGAGGAAUUGUACAGAACUCCCCUGAUCCUUUUCUCAAUCAAUGUUCAUUGAUUACAAGUAUCACUGUUGUAAGUGUAGUAUCACUAAUAUAUAAUGAUGUUAGUUUCUUUUAAGAAUGCAAGAGGAGAUUAUGUGAGUAUAUAUUUAUUAUGGAAUUCUGUUGCUUUAUUUAUUCCUUUUUUUUAAGUAAAAGAGGGAAUAAUAUUUGUUUAAUUUGAAUAUUCUGUUUCUGGUAUCUGCGAUAAUAAAGCUGAAGAAACAAUGUCUACUACUAGACGCCUGUUCAUUUUCGUUAGGCGAGUAACAUAAAAUAGAAGAAAAAAAUAUAAUUUUCCAUUAAUUUUCUAUUAUUAGUCCUGUUUAGGUAAUCAAGAGAAGGAUACGCUUCUGCCGCUCUUGGACACGUAACUGAUUCAGGAAACAAGUGUUUUUUGUAAGAUCACAAGUUAUUGUUCUCCAAAGUUUAUAUAACUUUUAAUAAAAAUUUUGUUAAUUUGACGAUUUUUUGUUACAGAAAUUCUGUUACAUUAGGUCUUUUUGUAUAAGAAACGUUUAAACGAUUACACGUUAUUCCAAAGUAACUUAUUUAAGUUUUAAAACGUUAGAAAUUUAAUGGUGCUAAUUUUGUAAGCAUUUCUGUUUUCUCAUGUAAUGCGUUACGCUUGUUCUACGAAUAAAGUCUGUUGUUUGUCGUUUUUCCUGAACAA